CAUACACAAUAUUUGAUACGAAAGCAAUGUGCAUGUCGUGCUUUGGAAACGGAUUCUGAAUAGGUGACUAUUAUUCGUCUUUUCAUUCAGAAAUUAUUGUCGUUGUUGUUUUACUUUGUUAUAACUGGUACCGAACAAGAGAUUUAUAGAAGUGGCUUUAAAAGAAAUCGGAGAAGUUCUUGGAACUCGUAAACCAACCGAAAAUUAAACCACGAGGUUGGAGUAGUAACUAAAUAAUAAAAUUUAAAAACAAUAAACCAUAUAUUUCAAAAAACAACUUAACAGCGCGACUAUUAAUUUUAAUUAUUUACAUUGAAUUAUUUUUGAAUAGUUUACGCUUUUGAUUAUUUGCGGUUAUGGCCACUGCAAUUAAUGUUAUUCAACAUCCCUCUGACGCCAAUAAUGAUACUCAUUUUAAGCAAGUUGUAGGUUACAACACUUCGCAAUCCAUGCUUGUUCCACAAAAUUUAAACCUAUCAAAUCGUGUAUCUAAUUCUCUUGUUUCCGACCAUGAAACUUCUAAACAAGAAGAUUUUGAUAAGGUCAAAAGACCGAUGAAUUCUUUCAUGGUGUGGUCUCGAGAGAAGCGACGAAGACUCGCACAUGAAAAUCCUAAAAUGCAUAACAGUGAAAUAAGUAAACGCUUGGGAGCCGAGUGGAAAGUUUUAACUGAAGAUGAAAAAGCUCCUUUUGUUUUUGAAGCAAAGCGUUUAAGAGCUGAACAUAUGAAAUCACAUCCUGAUUACAAGUAUAGACCACGUCGUAAAGCUAAGACUUCAUCAAAAAAAAACGAACAGAAGAUGCCUCAUGUAAUAACAACUGAUGGGAAACAAAUUUUCAUGCCCACACAGUACACUUCUGGAUAUGCAAUAACAGGAGGUAUUAAUUACCCCUUUAAUGGUUAUUUAUCUGCACUAGUAAAUGGACAUGAAGCAUAUGCGAGUAAUACAUCACCAUCAGCUGUCUAUGGCUUUCCACAUGGAGCAACCAUUGCAGUGACCAGUACUAUAUCACAAUCACAAUUGCCUUCUUCAUCAAGUUCCUCAGUAACAGCUGCUACUGGUUUAUCUGCGCAAUACAGUGUUGUACAUUCAGGUACUCCAACUUACAUGUAUAGUCCGUUAGGAUUUCCAUAUCUUAAUGGUGCUGCUAUGGGUACAUAUGGUGGGCAGCCUUAUUCACAUGCUUUAACACUUAAACCAGACACAUCGUCUAUCACUGUAUCAACUGAAAAAGCAACUAGUCAUUUAUCAAUGCAUCAUGAUGCUGUUCGUUCAACAAUUGCACCAAGUGUUUAUUACCCGAUUGGUAUUUAUCCGACUGCUGUUGAUCACAAUUGUAACCUAACAUAUGAUCCAAAAAUACCAUAUGCAACAAUGACUUUAUUAGAACAACCUCAUGGAAAUGUGAAACGUGAACAAACUCGUGAGGGUACAACACGGAAUAUUUCAGAUGAUCACCAAAGUAGAAGAGUUAAUACACCUACAUAUUCUAUUUCGUCCAACACUGCAACGCAGUAGAAAAUUUUCCUGAACUAAAUAAACAUAUCGAUUGUCAUAAUAAUAGUGAUAUCAUGAUUAAAAUGGUAUUAAAACUGCUUCAAGUUAAUAUGAGUUAAAAAGCUUAACUGAAAUAACUUGGAAACUUUUGUACAGAUAUAAGUCUAAAUUUAUAAUUUCUUUUAUUGCUAAAGAAACGAAAUCUACUUGGUGUAUAAACAAGUAAAGUUAUUUAUUAUUAUUUUUUAAUUUGCUUGUAGAAACUCCAUAUUUUUAAACAUAUAGUUUUGAACAAUCUUCAAAUCAUAUUAAGAAUUUAUAUGUAUAUACUGAGCUAGAUAUGUGAGCAUAUAUUUCUAAGUUUUUUGAUUUUUACUUUUGGUUUUGAUUAGUUACUAAAAAUUAUAUGACCAUUGGAAUUAAUUUUUAUAUUUGUUGUUGUUUUAUGUAUUUCUAUUUAAGUCUCCUUCAAUAAAAUGCUUAAAUCUUGGAAGGAAAUAUUUUUUAUGAUUUUCUUUUUCUUAGAAUAAAAAACUUUUUAUUUUGUUUACUUUGUGUUUUUACUCUCAGAGGUUUUAAUUAUUUUCGCAGAUACAAUAUCAUUUUUUACAUUGAUUUUUUAAACCUUUUUUUUUUAUCUAAUUUUUAAAAAAUUGGCUUGUCUUUGCAAGCCUUUUUUUAACAGAACUUUUGAGAUGUGAAAACUAAUUAUUAUUUUUUAAUAUUUUUCACAUUAUUUUUUUAGGUUCAGUUCAUGUUUUCUGUUGUAAAACUAAAGUGCUGUGGAUAUUUGUGAAAUAAAUUUUGUAAACGAAAAUAAAUUUAAAAAAUGAGAAA